UCAAUAAGAAAUUAACGUUAUUCAUCGUUUAAAAAAAUGCAAAAAUGACGACUUUAUUAUCAGUACUGCAUUAUUGUAGCACGGAAAUAAGCCUUGGAAAUUGAUAAAACAAACGAUUUAACGCGCCGUCGCGCAUACUUCUCGAACGAUAAUCAACCGGCCAGUUAUACCGUUGAUAAGCGAUAAUUCAGUAACAUAUUACGCAUAUAAUGUGUAUAUGGAAUGAGUUAGAUGACAGUGAGGUGGUUGCACGUUAAUCACAAUGAAGAUGGAUUUUCAUUUGGGGGUGCAGGAGGAGACGGCAUUGCUGAUGCCUGAAAAACCUGAAUGGCAGGAAUUCUCCACGGAAGAUCCUUCAAUGUCUGGAUUCGUCGGAUCUUUACGUGGCUUGGAAGACAAUUCUGGAAAUGCAGGACAACCUUAUCGCAGAAAUAGUCUCGCAUUAUCUCUUCAUUCGAAUUUGGCAGCUUUUCCAGUUGCUAAUAAUCAAGAAGUCUCACCUUUUCAUGUAGUUGAUUCGGCGCGGAGAAGAUUUAGCAAUGUUAGUGAUGUUGUAUCCAGAAAAAUUUCUCAUACAAUUCGAUGGAGAACGGUUUCAGCCUCAAUCGAGCUUACGGUAUCUCAAGGAUCUUCCUUAUGUGCUCAAUAUAUCCGAAAUCGUUUGAAACGGUCUGGAAUCUUUCAUCGAAAGCUUGGAUUGAAAAGAAUGAGAAGUGCUAUGUUGCUUCCUGGUGGUGCAGUUGUGGGAGAAGUUUAUCCAGAAUUAGUAUCAGUUGGAGCUGAACUCGAGAAAAUGCAUCCAAAUUUAUUUAAUCGUGUUGCACGACAAAUUGGAUGUGGUAGUUUCUCAUCAGAACAGUCUGCUAGUGAAGCUAUUGUGGAUGUCUCUAGAGAGAUGAUCAGGAAUGGUGAGAUGACUUGGAGUAAAGUGAUAGCUCUUUAUGCAAUUGCUGGUGGUAUUGCCGUGGAUUGUGUACGUCAGGGCAAACCUGAAUAUUUACCUGCCAUACAGAGAGGAAUGACAGAUGUUUUAGAAGAAGAUCUUGCUGCAUGGAUCCAAGCUAAUGGAGGAUGGUCCGCCUUAGCAACGCGAUACAGAUCUGUAACAAAAGAAACUACAUGGCAUUCGCGAAAACUUAUCCUAUUAUUUAUAUUCACUACUUUGAUUAUUUUUAUGAUUUCUAUGUUUUUAAAACUUUUAAUUUUAUAACAAAAAUUAAAUAUAAGUAAAUAUAAAAACUGAUUUACUAAUAGAGUAUUUAAAUAU